CCGGAACCAGAAUCCCGACAGUAACUCUCAGCCAUUUUUUGUUGUCAUUAUCAAGCUUCUUCAAAAGUGACGCUUCGUUCUUCAUCUCAGUGCAUAUUUUCAAGUCUUUAGUCGAGCCUCCUCGCUAGGAAAAGCCUUGCAAACAUGUCUGACUUCAUCGAGAGCGAGGCUGAGGAGUCAGAGGAGGAGUUCGAGGAGAAAGACCUGAAGCCCAAGAAGACACAGAAAUUUAUGGAAGAUGAUGCAGAAGAAGAGGAAGAAGAGAAUACUGAAGAUCAGGAUGAGCAUGGAAACCUGAGAGGACUCAUUGAUGAUGGCGAUGUGGAAGAGGAAGAAGCACAAAGUGGGAGAGAGGAUAGUGACUCCGGUGAAGAGGUCCGUCAUCGCCGCAGGAAACGAAGCUAUGAUGACUAUCUGGAUGAUGAUGAUCUGGACCUCAUCGAGGAGAAUUUAGGAGUGAAAGUGAAGAGAAGGAAAAAGAAGUACUCGCGUGUGAAAACCAUGGAUGAUGAAGGGGAAGAUGAUGAGAAAGACCUGAUCGCUGAUGAGAUAUUCACUGGGGAUGGUGAUGGAGAUGGAGAGGUGGAGGAUGGAGAGACUGUAGACACACUUCACCCUAGAGAUGACGAAGAGGAGGAAGAUGAUGAGGAAUCUGAUAUUGAUGAUUUCAUUGUGGAUGAUGAUGGACAACCCAUCACGAAAAAGAAAGGAAAGAAAUUCUCUGGCUACACUGAUGCUGCUUUGCAAGAAGCUCAAGAGAUAUUCGGUGGGGAUUUUGACUUUGCCGAGUUUGACACUGAGGCGUAUGAUCAUGCAGAAGAGGAAGAGGAGGAUCAGGAUGAUGAGUCAUGGGAUCGGCCAAAGAAGCAGACCAAGAGAAGAGUUGGCCGUCGUAGCAUAUUUGAGAUCUAUGAGCCCAGUGAGCUGGAGAGCAGCCACAUGACCGAUCAAGACAAUGAGAUCCGCUCCACAGACAUGCCAGAAAGAUUCCAGUUGAGGGCCAUCCCUGUAAAGCCUGCUGAGGAUGAUGAGCUAGAGGAAGAAGCUGAAUGGAUUUACAGGAAUGCCUUCUCCACACCGACCAUCUCCAUGCAGGAGAGCACAGACUACCUGGAUCGUGGGACAACCACUAAUUUCAGCAGAAAGGGCCCCAGUACUAUUGCUAAAAUCAAAGAAGCUCUGAACUUCAUGAGGAACCAACACUUUGAGGUUCCCUUCAUUGCAUUCUACAGGAAGGAGUAUGUGGAACCAGAGCUGAACAUUAAUGAUCUAUGGAAGGUGUGGCAGUGGGAUGAGAAGUGGACUCAGCUGAAGACCAGAAAGCAGAACCUGACACGUCUUUUCCAGAGGAUGCAGUCUUAUCAGUUUGAGCAGAUCUCAGCUGACCCUGACAAGCCACUGGCUGACUCGACUCGUCCCCUAGACACUGCUGAUAUGGAGAGGCUGAAAGACGUCCAGUCUCUUGAUGAGCUGGGAGACGUCUACAACCACUUCCUGCUCUACUAUGGCCGAGACAUUCCUAAGAUGCAGAAUGCAGUCAAGUCCAACAAAAAGAAACUGAAAAAGAUCAAGGAAGUGUCAGAGGAAGAUGGAGAAGAGGCUGAAGUAGAGGAGGAAGAGGAAGAAGAGGAGCAAAAGGGUCCAGAUCUAAAACAAGCUUCCCGUAGAGAUAUGUACAGCAUCUGUCAGAGCGCAGGCCUUGAUGGUCUUGCCAAGAAGUUUGGUCUGACACCAGAGCAGUUUGGAGAAAACUUGCGAGACAGUUAUCAGAGGCACGAAACUGAGCAGUUUCCUGCAGAGCCUUUGGAAUUGGCCAAGGACUACGUGUGCAGUCAAUUUAACACCCCGGAGGCUGUUCUGGAAGGUGCUCGCUACAUGGUGGCCAUGCAGAUUGCCCGUGAACCUCUGGUCAGGCACGUGCUCAGACAGACCUUCCAGGAGAGGGCCAAGAUUAACAUCAAGCCAACUAAGAAGGGCAAGAAGGAAAGGGAUGUGGAUGAAGCGCACUAUGCCUAUUCCUUCAAGUAUCUCAAAAACAAGCCUGUGAAAGAGCUCAGUGGAGAUCAGUUCUUGAAGAUGUGCCUGGCUGAGGAGGAAGGCUUGCUCACCAUAGACAUCUGCAUUGACCUUGUGGGAGUCAAAGGGUACGCAGGAGAUCAGACCUACUUUGAUGAGAUUAAGCAGUUCUACUACAGGGAUGAGUUCAGUCACCAGGUGCAGGAGUGGAACAAGCAGAGAACUCUUGCUAUUGAACGGUCCUUGCAACAGUUCCUGUAUCCUCAGAUGGCCAAGGAACUGAAAAACAAGCUUGUCACUGAAGCCAAGGACAAUAUUAUUAAGUCUUGCUGCAAGAAGCUGUAUAACUGUUUGAAGGUGGCUCCUUACCGGCCUGAUCAGCAGGUAGAGGAGGACGAUGACCUUAUGGAUGAGUCGCAAGGAAAGGGUAUCCGUGUACUCGGGGUGGCAUUUGCUUCCGGCAGAGAUACACCAGUGUUCUGCUCCCUCAUUAAUGGUGAAGGAGAGGUUGUGGACUUCCUCAGGCUUCCUUACUUCCUGAAGAGGAGAAAUGCAUGGAGAGAGGAUGAAAGAGAGAAAAAGCUUCAAGAUAUUGAAAACCUCAAGAAAUUCCUCCUUAGUAAGAAGCCACAUGUUGUUGCUGUUGCUGGGGAGAAUCGUGAUGCUCAUAUGGUGAUGGAGGACAUCAAGCGCACCAUCAGUGAGCUGGAGCAGGACUCCUCUCUACCUGUGGUGGGGGUGGAGCUGGUGGACAACGAGCUGGCUGUGCUUUAUAUGAAUGGCAAGAAGUCUGAGGCGGACUUCAGAGACUAUCCACCUCUGCUUCGGCAGGCUGUGUCUGUGGCUCGCAAGAUUCAGGACCCCCUAGUGGAGUUUGCCCAAGUCUGUAGCAGCGAUGAGGACAUCCUGUGUUUGAAACUGCAUCCCCUGCAGGAGCAUGUAGUGAAAGAGGAGCUUCUGGGCGCUCUUCACUGUGAGUUCAUAAACCGGGUGAAUGAGGUUGGUGUGGAUGUGAACCGGGCCAUAGCUCACCCUUACACCCAGAGCCUGGUCCAGUACAUCUGUGGCCUUGGACCUAGAAAAGGCUCACACCUGCUCAAGAUUCUUAAACAGAACAACACUAGGUUGGAGAACCGGACCCAGUUGGUCACGAUGUGCCAUAUGGGACCCAAAGUCUUCAUUAACUGUGCUGGCUUCAUCAAGAUUGACACUGCCUCUCUUGGAGACAGCACUGACUCCUAUAUCGAGGUCCUGGACGGUUCUCGAGUGCACCCUGAAACGUACGAGUGGGCACGUAAAAUGGCAGUGGAUGCUCUAGAGUACGACGAGUCAGCAGAAGAUGCCAACCCAGCUGGAGCACUAGAGGAGAUUCUUGAGAACCCAGAGAGGCUGAAGGACCUGGAUCUGGAUGCCUUCGCUGAGGAGCUGGAGAGACAGGGUUAUGGUAAUAAGGGAAUUACGCUGUAUGACAUUCGAGCGGAGCUUAGCUGUAGAUAUAAAGAUUUGAGAGCUCCGUACAGGCCUUCCAACACGGAGGAGGUCUUUAACAUGCUCACCAAGGAGACACCUGAGACCUUCUAUAUAGGUAAACUGAUCACUUGUGUGGUGACUGGCAUUGCUCACAGAAGGCCACAAGGUGAGAGUUACGACCAGGCCAUCCGUAAUGAUGAGACCGGACUCUGGCAGUGUCCAUUUUGCCAGCAGGACAACUUCCCUGAGCUCAGUGAGGUGUGGAAUCACUUUGACAGCGGCUCCUGCCCUGGUCAAGCCAUCGGAGUGAGAACUAGGUUAGAUAACGCUGUCACAGGCUUCAUCCCGACAAAGUUUCUUAGUGACAAGGUGGUGAAGCACCCCGAGGAGAGAGUCAAGGUUGGCAUGACUGUGCACUGCCGCAUCAUGAAGGUUGACAUUGAGAAGUUCAACGUGGAUCUCACUUGUAGAACAUCUGACCUGAGUGACAAGAACAAUGAAUGGAAGCUUCCCAAAGAUACCUACUAUGAUUUUGAUGCUGAGGCAGAUGAUGUGAAACAGGAAGAGGAGCAAAAGAAGAAACAGCAGAGAACCACUUACAUUAAGCGCGUGAUCGCUCACCCGUCCUUCCACAACAUCAACUUCAAACAAGCGGAGAAGAUGAUGGAAUCCAUGGACCAGGGUGAUGUGGUGAUUCGACCCAGCAGUAAAGGGGAGAACCACCUGACGGUCACAUGGAAGGUGGCUGAUGGGAUAUAUCAGCAUGUGGAUGUGCGUGAGGAGGGUAAAGAGAAUGCGUUCAGCCUUGGACAUACUCUUUGGAUCAACACUGAGGAGUUUGAGGAUCUGGAUGAAAUCACAGCCAGGUAUGUCCAGCCUAUGGCUGCAUUUGCACGAGAUCUGCUCGGCCACAAGUACUUCCAGGAGUGCAAUGGAGGUGAUAGGAAGAAAAUGGAGGAGAUUCUCAUAAGGUCCAAAAAAGAGAAGCCGACAUUCAUCCCCUACUUCGUUUCUGCUUGUAGAGAUCUACCAGGCAAAUUUCUUAUGGGUUACCAGCCUAGAGGGAAGCCAAGGAUAGAGUAUGUAACCAUCACUCCAGAUGGCUUUAGGUAUCGCUCUCAGAUAUUCCCUACAGUCAAUGGUCUCUUCCGCUGGUUCAAGGACCACUACCAGGAUCCUGUGCCAGGCGUCACACCAACCAGCAGCAGAACAAGAACACCAGCGUCAGUGAAUGCCACACCUGCCAACAUCAACAUUGCCGACUUGACUCGAGCCGUCAACGCUCUCCCGCGAAACAUGACAUCCCAGAUGUUCAACGCCAUAGCGGCAGUUACAGGCCAGGGCCAGAAUCCCAACACCACGCCGGCCCAGUGGGCCUCCAGUCAGUAUGGUUACAGUGGCGGCAGCAGUGCAGGAGGCGGCGGCAGCAGCAGUGCUUAUCACGUGUUUGCAACACCCCAGCAGCCAAUGGCCACCCCCAUGAUGACGCCCAGCUACUCUUACACCACACCUGGCCAGCAGCAGGCCAUGACCACGCCCCAGUAUCCCAGCAGCACCCCGCAGUCCUCACACGGACACCAUCAGCAUUCGUCCUCCACGCCAUCAUCCUCGUCAUCGAGAGUGCGGACGCCACAGCCCAAGACAAGUUCCCACACUGCUGUGGAUUGGGGUAAAAUGGCUGAACAGUGGCUGCAGGAGAAAGAAGCUGAGCGGCGGAAGCAAAAGACGCCCCGCAUGACGCCCCGACCUUCCCCCAGCCCCAUGAUCGAGAGCACACCCAUGUCCAUCGCCGGAGAUGCCACUCCCCUCUUGGACGAGAUGGACCGAUAGGAGUAGGGAAGGGGGGUGUUCAGACAUCUCAUAUAAAACCCAAUCCAUCCACAUCCCAUCUCUCACCCUCCGUCUUUUGCUCUUUCGCUGCUAGAAGUAUUUCUUUGAGUCAUUCAGAGCUACUGAUACAAAGACAAACACUUGAAAUGUGUUGAUGACAAACAGAUUUAGGAAAUGGACCUACAAUAAACGUUUGUCUCUAGGGUUUUCCUUUCUUUUUUUUCUUUUUUUAAGUAUGUGCAUAAUGCACCCCCUUUUUCAUUUCAGUUUUUUAACUAAAUUUAAAAGGAAAGGCUUAAAGCAUGAGACGUUGCAUGAUUUGUGCCCAUGGGAGCUGGUAUUCAAUCACCGUAAGAUCAUUAGUUCAGACCCACUCAGAGAGCUUUUCUUUCUUGUAUCUGGCUUAAACAUUUAAAUAAAACCGUUUCAGUAUGAACCAGAGCACUGUAAUGAUUCACAAUCUGUGUUCUGUUGAGCUGUUACGCAAAGAAUUAAGCACUGGGGAGAUGUGUAAAGCUAUUUAGCAAUUCUUUUAGCAGCUAAAAAAAUGAAGUAUGUGACUUUGAAAGAGAUCCUGUAAAUGUCAUGUUUUUGGAGCCAUUACAGUGAUCAGAACAUAUGCAUUUUAAAUUCAGAACUGAUGAAAAAUGAUGUUUUUAAGGUCAUCUUUGAGUUUUCCAAGUUCAGAAUCAGAUAUCACUUCUCAUAAUGUGCUAAUACAAGUAAACUGAACUAUUGUGCUAGAAGAUAAGAGUCCUCUGAUCAGUUUUUUUGCUUUUUUUAGUUUGGGGGCUGUUUGUGUUUGUGAAUGUCUUUGCUGGGCCAGACU